UCGCCAUACGUAGAAGAAGUGGCCAGUGCACAUGCGCGCUCCGCAGAGGACGUUCUUUUCCUCUGAACCUUAUUCUCAGCAACAUCCAUCAAUAUCAGGCGGUCGGUCUCCGCACGUCCUGCAGGAGAAGAUGUGCCCCUGUGUCUUAUUCACGGCCCUUCUUUCCAUUCCCCUCGCUGUGGGUUGGGUAAUACCAGCUGAAAGAGAAGAACUCCACAGGGUUUGUGCCGGGAAGGAAUUCCGCCUGCCAGUGUACUCAACGUCACGAACGGUGACUUUUACCCCAAACACUGAAGGACCUAAGCAUGUCCUGUUGGACAAAACCACCGUAAAGGAUCCACGGUUCGAAUGGACCAGAGAUAAGAUGUUGGUACUGAAAGAGGUGACUCACAGUGAUGAUGGACUUUUUGCCAUCAAACUCUCGUCUGGAUUCACCUACGAGACUGUUCGUCUGAUUGUUUCAGAAUGCAUUAAGUCCUACCACAGAAACUACGGGGAGAACUUUGAGCACAUCAUCCCAGAAAAUGGCUCCCUACUGGAGUUUUCUCCCCGAGGUGCUCCAUCUAAGGCCAUGCCCAUUGUGCUUUGGAACCGGACGGAACCUGAAACCAGUGAUGCGAGGCGGGGUCGGCUGAUGCGAGGCGGGAAGGUGUGGGUGGCCGAGAAAGUGACUCAAGUGGACCAAGGCAACUACACUGUGAGAGACGCGCAGGGGAAGGUGCUGUCCCGCAGCACCCUCGCUGUCCGUGGACACUCAUACAAUGUCACCCGCUUCAGCAAGGAGACUCUAAACCUGCCCCUCUUUCUACCUGUACAUCAUGCCCACCUCGUUUUUACCCCCACCCAACACCCUGAUGAAUCCUCACUGAGCCAUUUUGACCCCAAGCCCCCCCACGGAGCUGUGCAUCUUAUCCGCGAUGGCCAAAUAACAGACUACGACAUGCGCUACAGGGGCCUCAUCUCCCUGGGCAGGAAAGGUACCACCAAUGAGGUCGUCAUAGCGAGGCUGACCUCAAGGCAUGACGGGGUGUAUGAAAUUAGAGAUGGGAAUGGCAACCUGGUGUCCUCCACCUUAUUACAGGUGAUUGAAAAGGGGCCCAGAUGGCGAUCAUUCCUCAAGUCCAUCACUGUCCCUUCUGGGAUGUUCGUGUCAUUGGCUGGUUUCAUCUUUUUCAUGAGGCGCUACCCAAACUGCAGCCUGUCCAAGAUCAUCGCUGGCCUCAGAGUAAACCGCACACCACCAGCCAACCCUCCGAGAGUUAACAUCCAGGACUACAGCCAGCCCGUCUCUGAGCCCUCAGAAUACAACAGUCACUCCCAGCAGCCUGGACCACCAACAAAAUGGAGCCCGAGAGCCAGUCCUACUCAUAGUGGUUACACUCCAGUAACUGUCGGUACUCCGAGAGCUGAGAACCAGGGAACACACAGAUUGACAGCUGGGAGAUCCCCAUGUCAUAAUUCAACACCUGAGCGGGACUCAUCUAAUGAGGAACAGAGAAGGAUUUCCUUUUCAGUGCCUGGGGCUUCAGAUUGCCUCCACUCGUCCGAGGACUGUGUUCAAUUUCAGAUCAAGAAAGAUGGAGAUAAAAAAAGUUGGAGCCAAUCGCAAGAAUACUUCUCCACACUGCCACUAGACACAAACACCUCUGAAUCCUGCAGUGUUUACUCUUCUGAGAAACUGAACUGAACAGAGAAUUGGAGCUAAACUAUGGGAAGAAGAAAUGUGGGGCAUUGACACACAAGUCUUGGGUUCUCUGGCGGAAAAGAAAGAUCUCACCUGUGCCUUUUGCAUAUUAGCCCAGUUUUAAUCGUUUGGUAUCAAUAUUGCAUGUAAUUAUUUCAUGUAAUUUUACUGAAGCAUGAGUGGAGCAUUAGCCUUCCUGUCUCAUGUCAUCCAUUUCUUGACGCUGGUUGAUGGUGCUCCUGAAAUCUCCUGCUAUUACCUACCUCCAGACCCUCAGGACCAUUAUUACCUGCACUGUAUUUGCUAAGUGCGAGUUCAUCUGCAGUAUGUUUGUGUGUAUCAUGUGAUCUCUAGGGCUAUACAGGAAGUAGAGGAAGUCGUGAUACAAAAGUUAGCAAAAGGAAAUUUUAGGUACUGCACAAUAAUGUAGUUUUUUUCUUCUUCAUCCAUCCCAUUAACCAUUCCUCACUCGUGACAACAAUCAGUUUUCGUGUUAAAUGUCUGUACUGCAGUUGAUUGAUUUUUACAAUGGUAUAGUGUUUUAACCUUCAAGGCAACUAUAAAUGGUUAUGUGAAACGUAACAUGUUCCACCAAAUACUCCAAUAGUCAGUUGAUCUGUGAACUUUGUGUACAUGAUAAUAUAUCAUCACCACAUUUUUUUUAGUGAUAAGAGGUUGGGCUGCUGCUUGUGAUAUUUUUCAAUUGAAAAAUGUCAUAUCUCAAUCAAUAAAAUGUAGACUUCUUAUCUUUAACCCA